AUGCAGGUGCCCACGUGGACUCUGCUUGGCAGGCCCGGGGGUGUCCUUACCUCAGUGUUCUCCGAGCAAUGGAGCCGAGGGGCCGAGGAAGCACCGCCCAGCCUGCCGGGCGCCCCUGCCCCGGUUAGGGGCCGAGGAGCGGCCGCGCGGGAAAAGCCGGAUAGCGCGGCUAGCCGGCCCACCUGCCUGGCUGCCCUCCGCAACCCGAGGUCCAGGAACAAAGGCUGGAGGCCCGGCGGGGACGCCCAGGUGGCCACGCGCUCCAAGAUGGAGCCCGCGCUUCCGCCACCUCACCUCCGGCACCCGCCGCCUCACCUGCUCGCCCUGGCCGCCCGCCCCGAGGUCUCCCCCCGCCCCCGGUCUGGGUCGCCUGCAGGAGCCUCGAGGGUGCGCCGCGCACUGAGGGAGGAAGGGAGUUUCGCCCCUGCCAUCCCUUGCGGCGGCCGCGCGAGCCAAGAGCCGGCAGGCCGAGACCCCAGGCGCGCGCUUCCCGCCCCGCUUCUCCGGCCCUGGAGCCCCGGGGAGCGCGUCCUGUCCCUGCCGACGGGCCGAGUCCCCAGGCGCACGCUUCCUGUCCCUGCUCCCCUCCGGGCCCCGGAACCCCCCGGGCGCGCCCCCUGCCCUCCGUCCCCUAGAGCCCCUGGGCACGCGCUGUGCAUCCACGGACAAGCGGAGCCCUCGGGCGCGCGCUCCCUGCCCCGCCCCCUUCCCUUCGGGCCCUGGAGCCCCCGGGCGCGCCCUCCCUCUCGGGCGUCUGGCUGGAGUCCCGCGCGCACGCGCCCCUCCCCCCGCGCGCCCCCUCCCCGUUACGCCGUAAGUUCGCCCGGGGCUGGCGGCCGCGCGGGCCGGGAGCCUCUCGGCUGGGCCGGCCGCAGGCGGGCUCGCGGCGCCGGGGCUCCCGGAGGGCCAGGCCGGGCCAUGGAGAGCGCCGAAGCCCGCGCGCGGCCCGAGCGCCUGGCCGAGGCCGACGGCGGGCGCCUGGUGGAGGUGCAGCUGAGCGGUGGCGCCCCGUGGGGCUUCACCCUGAAGGGCGGCCGCGAGCACGGCGAACCGCUCGUCAUCACCAAGAUUGAAGAAGGAAGCAAAGCCGCGGCUGUGGACAAGUUACUGGCUGGAGACGAGAUUGUUGGCAUCAAUGACAUCGGGCUCUCGGGGUUCCGGCAGGAAGCCAUCUGCCUGGUGAAGGGUUCCCACAAGACCUUGAAGCUGGUGGUAAAGAGGAGGAGUGAGCUGAGCUGGAGGCCACACUCCUGGCAUGCCACCAAGUUCUGUGAUGGCGCCCCUGAGGCGGUAGCCAUUCCAUUCUCCACGGCCGGCACCUGCCCAUCCUGGCACACCCGGCAACAUGCGAGCUCCUCUUCCCAUGACCUGUCUGGCACGUGGGAGCAGACGAACCUGCAGCGCACCUCAGACCACUUCAGUUCCCUGGGCAGCGUUGACAGCCUGGACCCCCCCACCCAGCCCUACUCCUCUGGCCGCCUCUCGGCCGCCAAGUCCAGCAGCAGCAUCGACCACCUGAGUGGCUCAAACAAGCGGGACUCGGCCUAUGGCUCCUUCUCCACCAGCUCCAGCACACCAGACCAUACACUGCCCAGGGCCGACGGUUCGUCCACAGAGAACCUCCUCUACAAGGUGGGCCUGUGGGAGAGCUGCCGGCCAGGCGGCAGGCAGGGCCAGGUCGGGGGCGAGCUCACUCACGGCCUGGAGGAGAGGCUCAGCUAUAUGCCCACCGGCCCACACCACGAGAGUGGCAAGAGCCCCAGGCGGGAGGACAGCCCUGAGCCAAAGUUGGCUGCUUGCAUGGGAAAGUCCAACUUUGGGCCUGUCUGGUAUGUUCCUGACAAGAAGAAGCCUCCCACCUCCCCUCCUCCUCCCCCUCCACCUCUGCGUAGCGACAGCUUCGCCGCCACCAAGGGCCAUGAGAAGUCUCCAGGCCCCCUGUUCUCAGAGGUGGCUGCCACGCAGGAUCUGACCAUCCUGUCCCAGGGCCUACCGCCAGCCGAGUGGAGAACAGACCCCACAGAAGCGCCGCGACAGCUGGUCCGGGCUGGGGACAGGAGGUGGCCUGGCAACUGUGGCCACCAUGUGGACCUGCCCCUGGAUGGUGGCUGGCCCCCCUCAGAUGGCCGGGUGGGCGGCUUCCCUGGGACCCCCAGUAGGCUACAGGCCUCCCUGUCCAGCUGUGAUGUGCGUUUUGCCCAGUCCCCCUAUGGACACCAGCACCCUCGCCAGUACAGUGAUGAGAGCCCCAUCCUCCAUGAGGGCCCCAGGCCCCCUGCAUCACCCAGGGAGCUGUGGCAGUUGGCCCUCCUCAGAGGCCGCCAGGAGUCUCCUGCCGACCACUUCCAGGACAAUGGCUUCGCUCCUGUGAGGUGGCUUGGUGCUGCAGACCAGAAGGUGGAGGGUGGCGGACAGAGCCGCUAUUAUUGUGCGUCCUCCAAGCAGCCCGUCCAGGGGAGUGCUCAGACACCACAGCUCAGCAAGGAGUGUUGGCUGUCCGUAGCAGGUGCUGGCGUGGCGCAGGGGGUCCAGGAGUGUCCUUCUACACACCGGAUGAGCCCAAAACCACGAUGUUACCUACCUCAGCAUGGCAAGAUGCUAGACCCCAAUGAAAGAGAACAGUGGCACCCACUGGAUAGAGGUGGGGAGGGCUGGCCCAUGGGAACCGAGGAGCCCCCCAGAACCAGCCAUGUAGAGAAAGCCAGCCCGAAGAGAACUGCAGACGGCAACUUCCAGUGGGUGGACGGAGAAAGCAGCAAGAUCUCGCCUCAGAAGACACCUAUGUUGCACUCCUUGACUCAAGAAGGGAAGAAGAGCCAGCCAGGACACCACCAAGAUGGCCACCUGAGGCACGACCAAGAUUGCGGCCCUGGACACCACCAAGUUGGUGGCCCAGGACACAACCAAGAUGAUUGCCUGAGGCACCACCAAGAUGGCCGCCGCCCAGGGCACCACCAAGAUAGUGGCAUGGGGAAGCCACUCCCGUUUGACUCCCAGGUAGGAAAGCCAAUACGGAGAAGUGACCGCUUUGCCACCACACUGAGGAAUGAGAUCCAGAUGCGGCGAGCCAAGUUGCAGAAGAGCAAGAGUACUGUGACUCUGGCAGGGACAGAUGAGCCCAAGGAAGACCCUGGUGGUUGGAGGGUGGAGCUGGGGGCUGUCACUGGUGCCACUCCAGAAGGUUCCUUCACCAGCACCUACAAAGACCACCUGAAGGAGGUCCAAGCCAGGGUCCUGAGGGCCACGUCAUUUAAGCGUCGUGACUUGGACCCCAGCCCCGGUGACCAUUGCCCAGUGCCACCGGAGCACAGGCCUGGGGACCGUGACACCUCAUCCCUGUACCCCUUGGGUCUGGAUGCUGCCCCCCAUUUCCUGGAGGGGGACUCGGCCAAGCUGUCCUUGCCUGGAGGGGGCGUGCCCCACAUCCUCCGCAUUGGGGGCCGGAGACGCUUCACAGCAGAACAGAAGCUGAAGUCGUAUUCUGAGCCUGAGAAAAUACAUGAGGUGGGGCUCUCAGGGAAUUACCGUCCUCACCAGGUCCCCAACAGAGUUGAGGACACGGUGGGCACUUUUGCUGACAGGCGGAAGUUUUUUGAGGAGACAAGCAGAUCCGCUCAUCAGAGGCCAGAGCAGAGACAGGCUCUGUGUGGGUUCCCCAGAGAGAAGCCAGAGCGGCUGCAGACAGCUGGUCAUGGGUAUGAGGGUACGGAACCUUGGUUCCUGAGGAGGGGGCGCACCACCUCCUUUGGGGAAAACCCCAGCAGUCACAGGAAAGCAGAAAAGGUGGGGAAAUUCGAGCCGCCCCAGAGACUUGGGACCUUUGCUGAGUAUCAAGCCUCUUGGAAGGAACAACGGGAGCCUCUGGAAACCAGGAGCUCUGGACGGUAUCACUCGGCAGAUGACAUUCUGGAUGUGGGGCUGAACCAGCACGAGAGACCACAAUACAUGCAUGCGAGGUCCAGGUCGUCGCCAUCCACGGACCACUAUAAAGAGGAAGUGUCUGUGGAGUCCAGGAGACAGGCAGAAGACCCCGCGGAGCCCAGAGAACACGGCACCCCUGCCGACCCCGCUCAGGAGGGCGGUUCCACUCUGGGACCAGCCAGUGUGCAGCGUUGGGGAGAUAGUCCAGGAGGAGGCGGGGACCCACCGCACCCACGGACACAGGGCCAGUCUCCACUCUCUGCGGGCAGCGCCCACCCACAAGAAGCCUCGGAGCUGCUCCAGAAAGGCCGGUGCCGAGCGGGGACGCUGCCUCGUGAUUAUCGAUACUCAGAGGAGGACAGCCCGGCAGACUUGCUCCCACUGCUCUGCUCAGGACCCCCGGCCCCGAGCGCCUCCUCGUCCCUGCCUGGGCGAGGUGGGGACGCCUGGGUGGUGAGCGCUGUACCCCUCACCAAGCGGCCGGCCCCACAGAGGCCCCCGCCGCCCAAGCGGGAGCCCCGGAGGGCCAGGGGGCUGGACAGUGCAGCCGUGGGAGCUGUUCCUACUGAGGCCCCAGCCCACCUGCCGUCGCCCGGCCCCAUGACGCCCCGCCGGCCGCCCCCAGUGAGCAUGACCACCAGCAUGUGA